UAGGUUUGCGCCCCACUAAACGUGAGAAAUUGAUUUGUUUUGUUUCUAUCUUUCAAUUUCAAUAAGGCUCGAUUCGAGGCUAUAGAGUGUAAUGAUUGAACCCCAUACUAUUAAUUGAGACGGACCAAAAAACAAGCCAAGUCUGACUUUGCAUGUCUUGAGUAGAAAAACAAGUGAAUCUUCAAACACCAAGUGGCCGAGUCUAAUCAUGCAUAAAUCGAUCGAGACGGGCGGAACUUCACAACAGAAUGAGUCUCUAGAUUAGAUUGAAAACGCAGGGUUUAAGGUCACAACAAAUCUGGAUGAUUUCCCCAAGGGUUGGAGGUGUCAAAACACUGAAGGAGAACAUGAUCUGACCAACAGCGAUGCCAAACAGCCUGAGGAUCCGGGUGAGACGGAAUCGCUCUGAUUCCCUGGAGAGAUUCAAACCUAACCGAGUGACCUUCCUCACGUCACUUUCAAUUUGAGGUGGAACUAGUUUGCAUUUUGCUUCAAGACCAGAAGGAAGUGGGUAUCCGAAUUCAACAUGGGCUUUAUCUUGCCCUUAGCCUUAUUAUCCAGUAUUGAGAUGGCUAUGAAUGCGGCUCCAUACCAUCUCUCGGCCAAAGAUACAACCUUGGAUAACAUGGAUCGGGUUCGCUAUCGAUCUUCGGAUUACAUGGACCCUGCGUUAGUGCAGGAGCACAUUUUCAAGAGCAUCUACAACACCAACUCUCCGUCGGAUUUGAAACAAUCUCCUAUGUACACUAUGGUCCAGACCCCGCACGAAAGUUCUAUUUACUCCACCCCUCUCUUCAGGAGCUACAAUGGGCGUUCCAACACCCGGCAUUAUGUGACCAAGAAAGAAGAAAGAAGGAGGGAGUGGGCACCAAUGAAGCGGGACAUUGAGCUACCUGUCUAUUUGGUACUCAAUGAAGAUGAGCCUCUUUGGCCAAUGUUUGAGGAAGAUAUGAACUAAAAUGGAAUCUGGUCUAUUGAAAUACACAAAACUGUCAGCUUCA